AAUGUAUUGUUCUGAAAGGUUCUAGUCCAGCAGAGAAGGCUUUGCUGGCCCUGACGGCCCGCCUCUGUAGCUAAGGUCCGUCCUAUUUACUGGAGGAGUGAACAUUGUUUCAUGUUUCCGUUGCAUAAGAACCUUACGGGAGGGUAAUGAUUGGAAAAUAUCAUGCAUUUUGAAUGUCCAAAUAGCACACCACCAACAUUUUAGUCGCGUCUCAUCUCUCAUCUUCAGUUGCGUUGCCUCCAGCGCGAUAAUAUAUAUAUAUUAGAGCCAGCGACUGUCUGGCAUUCGGGCAGAUGCCAUGUUUAUAACAUUUUAAAACUGUUCAUCUUUCUUUUUUUUUCACCAGAAAUACAUCAGAAAAGUAGCUGUCCCCCUGCUCAGAUUUUUGUCUGCUGAUACCUUUAGCCUCACAUGUGACCUGACCUCUAUGUGGCAGUGCAGACAUUGUGUAACCAGAGAGAUUAGCAGGUACAAAUUACUGAAACAUUAUAAACUACAUCAUCAUUAUGGGAGAGGCCAACAAUAUCAAUGCAUAUAUGUAAAUUGUCCUUGCACAUUCAGGACGUGGACUGGACUCCGAACCCAUGUCUAUAAAGCUCAUUCAUUCCAACCUACACAGACUGCUUUGAAUUCAGUAACAUUUAAAUGUGAGGUAUGCGGACGUAGUGACCUCUCUACUGAGAGGGAUUUUUUUGUUCACAUUGGGACACAUCUGCGAAGUUGUGAGACGGUUGGUUGUGUAUUUCUUGGAUGCUCUUUCCAAACCAAUAUUAAUAGUACAUUUAACACUCACAAAAAGAGAAAGCAUCAUCCACACACACUGCAAGAUUUUAAAACCAGUGUGAUUAAGUUUGUGAACCCCGUUGAAGGACCGGUUGCCUCUGACGGUGUUGGGACUGGCUAUCCAGCUGAUGUGUCAUUUGAUGAAGUUGAGGCUGAGACAGUGACAGUAAAGGAAAUUGGAGCUGUGGAAAAUCUGCCAGAAGUUAUUGAGCGGAAAAUAGCAGCAAUAUUGUUAAAAUUAGAACAUAUAUUUCAUAUUCCUGCAAAAGGUGUGGAUGAGUUACUGGAAGAGUUGCAUUUUCUAAGUUCAGCUAGUGUACCUGUCACAAAGCAUACAAUUACAGAAAUCUUCAAGAGCCAUAACCUCAAUAUUGGUCCGGCAGUUGUCGAAGAACUUGCUAAUUCUGUAUGCGUCUCUAACCCUGUCUCUAAAAGUUUUGAAAGGUCUGGCCCUCUUGCCACAUCCUAUAAAAGAAAAAAAUAUUACAAGGUUCAUUUUAGAGUUGUUGAAGCGACCGAGUAUAUUUUAUCUGUGGAACAAAGGAGGUCAUUUCAAUAUGUCCCAUUAUUACAGUUAUUGCAGGAAGUACUGAGUCACAAUAAAAUACUGAAUAAAGUGAUUGAAGAACACACAGCUCAAAUAAAUAGAGAAGCUUUGCAUGGUGAUCAACGAGUUUACAGGUCUUUUCGAGAUGGUGAAAAUUACAAAACAAAUAGCUUUCUAGCUGUUGAUGAGUUGAGAUUUUCCAUAAAACUUUACAUCGACGAAUUUGAGGUUUGUAAUCCUCUUGGGACCUCUCGCAAAAAGCACAAGCUUUGUGGGGUGUAUUGGGUUUUGGACAAUUUGCCGCCUGGCUCUCAUUCUGCUCUCUCAUCAAUUUAUUUAGCUGUUCUUUGUAAAAGUGACGAUUUGAGGAAAUUCGGUUUCAAAGAAGUGUUGGAUCCACUUUUGAAAGAUCUGGUAAUUCUGGAGGAGCAUGGUUUGUUCAUCAGUCAAUUGAAUAAGUGUAUCAAAGGCACUGUGAGUUGUGUAAUAGCUGAUAACCUAGGUGCCCAUGGCCUGGCAGGUUUUGUAGAAAGUUUCUCUGGUGAAUACAUCUGUAGAUUCUGUACAGCUAAGAAAACAGAAAUUCAGUCGUUGACAGCUGGUCGUUUUGAGCACAGAACGCUGGAACUUCAUGAUGCACACUUAAAGUGUGCACUGGAAAAGGCAAGUGCAUACUGUGGUGUUAAACGUGAAUGUGUUCUGAGCAAGGCUCUAUCACAUUUUCAUCUUACUGCAGGUUAUCCUCCAGAUCUUGCCCAUGAUCUUUUUGAGGGCAUUAUACCUGUAGAGCUAGCUCAUUGUUUUUCUCUUUUGAUUUCAAAAAAGUAUUUCACUUUAGAAAAACUUAACAAUUUGAUCAAAACUUUUGAAUAUAAAUGGGCAGAUAAAACAAAUCGUCCUGCUGCAAUACCACAGACUUUCUCGGUAAAAAAAAGCAUUGGUGGAAAUGCACACGAGAAUUGGGCUCUGCUUCGAUUGUUGCCUCUGAUCAUUGGUCCACUUGUUCCGGAGGAUGAACCUGUAUGGCAUGUUGUUUUGGAUCUAAAGGACAUAGUGGAGCUUGUUGUAGCCCCUGUCCACUCUGAUGAGUCAAUAGCUUACCUCGAGUUCAAAAUUGAUGAACAUCGCCUGAGAUACCAAGACCUUUUUCCCAACAACCGUCUUCUCCCUAAACAUCAUUUUUUGGAGCACUAUCCUGCUCUGAUUCGCCAAUUUGGCCCUCUUGUCCAUGCAUGGACUAUGAGAUUUGAGGCAAAACAUAGUGUCUUCAAACAGAUUGCUCGCCAUACCAACUGUUUCAAAAACAUAUCUCUCACUCUUGCAAGAAAACAUCAGCUUGCAAUUGCCUCUGACUUGCACUGUCUUCACCAUAGGACACCUACUUCGAACACAGACACCGAGGUCAGCGCCUGCAAGGCACAAACUGUGCUGGGAGUCUAUGCAAUGAAAAGGGAAGGCGCGGAGCCUGGAGACGAACUAGAGGACGUUGGCGUCCUCAUCGAGGGACAGGAGGUGAUCAGCGAUCUUGGCAACAUCGGGAUGGCCUUCGUGCUUUUAUUUGGACUGAUUUACUGCCUUAACUUAACCUACCCAGCAGACCUCAAGUGUACAUUCGAAGUGGAUGCUGAUGAAGACGUUGUGUCACAGGACCUUGCUCUACAAAACAUGAAAAUCUACAAUUUGAAGACUAGUACAUCGGAAGAUCCCGACGUUGGUAUCGUGGUGGAUGGUAUCAAAGUUCUGAGCGCUCUGAGUAACAUGCCAAGGGCUUGCUCCAUGCUCGUUGGGUUAGCAUACGCAGUGAAUCUGGCCUAUCCCAAGGAGCUCAGGUACACAUUUGAGGCCUUCCAGAAGCUCUUUCUCGAACUGGAUAGUUCGAAGCUGUCCCCAAAAGUGAAGAGCCUCAAAAAUAAGCUACUAGUUUAA